GUUCAAGGUUAGGUACAUACCUCAACUAAUAGCCCUAGGUACUACUAGUAGUACUACAUACAUAUGUAACCUAGUGUAUUGUAUUGUAUUGUACAAUACUAGGUACAGUUAAGGCACCUACAGAGCACCUACCCAGAGCCCUACCAUUCCCGUUUCUCUGCCAUCGACAUGGCGGCUUUUGAAAACUUCGACAACAUCUUCCUGGACCUUUCCAAGGAAUCCGGGAAGUGCAGAUUCGCAGAGAAUGGAUUGGGCUGGAAGCCUUCAGCUGGCGGUAACACCUUCACACUGGAUCGCGGUGAGCUUGCUAGCGCCCAAUGGAGCCGCGCUGCAAAGGGUUACGAGGUCAAGAUUCUUAAAAGAUCUUCCGAGCUUGUUCAUCUAGAUGGCUUCCAGCAAGAGGAUCUAGAACGCUUAAGCAAGAUCUUUAAGAACUGGUAUAGCAUUAACCUGGACCCCAAGGAACAUGCGCUACGAGGUUGGAAUUGGGGCAAGACGGAGUUUAGCAAAGCCGAGCUCGUAUUCAACGUUCAGAACAAGCCUUCCUUCGAGAUACCCUACUCCGAGAUUUCCAACACCAACUUAGCUGGUCGCAAUGAGGUGGCUGUCGAGUUCGCCGCUUCCAACGAGGAUGAUACCGGCACGAAUGGGCACUUGGGCGGUGCUCGAGGUCGAGGCAAAAAGUCGGGUGCGGGCAAAGAUCAACUCAUGGAGAUGCGCUUCUAUAUUCCCGGAACUACCACCCGCAAGGAGACCGAAGGAGAGGAUGCGGGGAGUGGUGGGGAGGAAGAGAAGAACGCUGCGACUUUGUUCUACGAGACCCUCAUAGAUAAGGCCGAGAUUGGCGAGACUGCAGGCGACGCAAUCGCUACGUUCUUAGAAGUCCUACACCUUACGCCACGUGGACGUUUUGACAUGGAUAUGUACGAAGCGUCUUUCCGCCUCCGUGGUAAGACGUACGAUUACAAGAUUCAGUACGAUGCCGUUAAGAAAUUUAUUGUCCUACCGAAGCCAGACGAAUUGCAUUGCAUGCUAUGUAUCGGAUUGGACCCACCCCUCCGCCAAGGGCAAACCAGAUACCCAUUCUUAGUGAUGCAGGCUAAGAAGGACGAAGAAGUCACCAUUGAUCUCAACCUUACCGAAGAGCAGUUAAAUGAGCAGUACAAGGGCCGUCUACAACCUCACUACGAGCAGCCGCUGCACCAAGUUAUUACGUACAUCUUCAAGGGCCUCGCUAACAAGAAGAUCAUUACUCCGGCAAAUGAUUUCCAGACCCACAGAAACCAGUGUGGAAUCAAAUGUUCGAUCAAGGCAGCUGAGGGAUUCUUAUACUGCCUGGAGAAGGCUUUCAUGUUCGUGCCGAAGCCAGCGACAUACGUGUCAUACGACCAGACGUCAUCUAUCGUGUUUUCCCGUGUCAGUGGCGCGGUAUCUGCUUUAUCGACGUUUGACAUCGCGGUUCAUAUGAAGAACGGCGGGGCUCCACAUCAGUUCAGCAACAUUAACAGGGAGGAUCUGAAAGCCCUUGAGAAUUUCUUCAAAAUUAAAGGACUACGCGUUAAGAACGAGAUCGACGAGGAUGCUAACCUCCUUGCCGCUGCCCUUCGUGAAGAAGCUAUGGAUGAGUCUGAGGAGGAAGUAGUUGGUCCCAGAGCGGACCGUGGAUCAGCCGACGAAGAUGAGGAAAGCGUGGAUGAAGACUUCCAGGCUGAGAGUGAAAGUGAUGUGGCAGAGGAAUACGAUUCGGCUCACGAGUCAUCAGGCUCCGGAGGUGGCGAAAGCGACGUCGAGGCCGGAGCAGGUGAGGAGGAUGAGGAUGAGGAAAUGGUUGAUGAAGAGGAGGAAGAGGCAGCAAAGCCCAAAGCAAAGAAACAGAAGACCGGAAAAUAAGGGUCAGUUGUUCCUUCAUCCGUCCCAUCCUCGUGGCAUAGGUAUUAGGUAUACUCUCGAUUUUUCGUCGUUGAAAGGAUCAAGGGCCGGGCACGGCGGCAAAUGGCGUUACGGUGGCUUUUUCUUUUUGGACCGUAGUGUCUCUCCAUUACGACUGACUUACACUUUGUUCAUACGGCUCAAGGAUUCGGAAUCAAGCAACCAAACUACCGGAGCAAUUCGGGUUAUAAAUCACAACCCGGAAAGGCAAUCUCCCUGACACGCGCGGGCGGUCAAUAAUGGUAUGAAUGAUUUUUGAGACUUGGAUUCCCAGGGGCAGAUACGCUUAUGUAUUUCGGUGAUUUCUAAGAUAUGACUACAGUGCCUAGGGGGUGCUAAAAUCCUAUCGGACUAAUGAUACAUAGUAAGAAUGAUGAUUCGGAGAUACUAUGGUGUUUCAUACGUAAUGGAUAAGUGCCAGUGAUGUCUGCCAUUGAAGAUUCUAAAAGCGUUCAUGGUGUUCAAGCCCUGUAGGUCUGUUAAAGGCAUCGAUGUUUUAGCUCAGCCUCCACCUGUUUAUUCUUAGUACAGUAAUACCUACUACUACGUAGUAGCCCUGGGAC